CCAACGUGGCAGUUUAUCCCACCAGAAGGAUUCCUCCAACGUGGUAGAGAUUCCUCCAACUUGGAAACUUGUGUUUGUGUGUGCUUUCACCUGCAAAUUAUUUCACCACCCUCACGUAGCUUGGACUAAAAACAAACAAAAAAAGAGAAAACUGGUCUUACUUAUGAGUUGGUGUUAGGGAGACGCUUGCGUGCCCGCGUUUCCUGCAUGCUUGCGUGCCUGACCCCCUGCUCAUUGGCCUGCCUGCCUGCCAGCCUGCCAGCUUGUCUGCCAGCUUUGCGCUCUCUCUUCAUGGCCGCUGCUCGUUUCACCGCCGCACAGGUUCUAGAGCAGAUUUUUUUAAGCCAAUCUAAUGACGACUCUGAACCAGAAGAGGAAUCUGAGGAAGACGUGUCAAGUGAAGAAGAGAAAGAAAAAGGAGAAGCAGAAGAAGCAGAUACAGCAGGACCAGAAACAGAUGAAGGACAAAAAGACAGCGAGGGAUGUGAUCUAAGGCUGGACACUUCAGAUGAAGAAGUUGAUGAUGAAGAAUAUAAUGAUGAUGAUGAUGAUGAUGAUGAUGAUGUUGAUGAUGAAGAUGAUGAUGAAAUAAUAGAAAAUGUGCAAAGACUGGAGCAAAUAGAACUCGAGGAUGAGGAUGAAGAAGAAGAAAAAGAAGAAGAAGAAGAUAAAACUUUUAUCUCUAAAGACGGGAAAAUAAAAUGGUCCUCCGCUGUGUUUCGCAAUGGCGAGGAAGCGAGGAACGUCCCUCUUAGUCCUCUUUCUGCCCAGGGACCCACAGAGUACGCGGCGGCUCAGGCGGUCGACUUUGAAUCGACCUUCCGCAUGUUUGUGACCCCGGCGGUGGAAAGGAUCGUCCUGGAGAACACCAACCUGGAGGGCUCUCGAAAGCUCGGGAGCGCCUGGAAGGGCAUGGACGAGGUCGACCUGCGAGCCUACUUGGGCCUCCUGAUUUUGUCCGGCGUCUACAGGUCCCGAGGGGAGGCCGUGGCCAGCCUGUGGGACGCCGAGAGCGGCAGGGCCAUUUUUCGCGCCACGAUGUCGCUCAAGGUGUUUCACGCUUACUCGAAGCUGUUGCGUUUCGACGAUCGCCAAACUAGACCCGCCAGGCGAGCGACGGACAAACUGGCAGCCGUGAGAGAGGUCUGGGACGCGUGGGUGGAGCGGCUGCCCAGCCUCUACGACCCGGGUCCUAACGUGACGGUGGACGAGCAACUGGUACCUUUCAGAGGUCGUUGCUCUUUCAGACAGUACAUGCCUAGCAAGCCAGCAAAAUACGGCCUCAAGUUUUGGGUGGCGUGCGACGCCAAGUCCAGCUACGCUUGGAAGAUGCAGCUUUACACAGGCAAGCCAGGAGGAGGAGGAGGAGGAGGAGAAAAGAGAGCUUCUGAAAAAAAGCAGGGCCAGCGGGUCGUGCUGGACGUCACAGAAGGGCUCCGAGGGUCAAGUUGA